GAGAUUGACGUUGGAAUGGGGCAAUCAAGUUCGGGUUUGACGGGGUCUCGGCCAAUCAAGCGUCGGGGGCGGGACAUUCCCCCAGCCGGAGCCGCCAUGUUGUCUCCCCGGGUCCGCGUCUUCCCGUCGCCUAAAGAGCUGGGCCCGGCCCUGGGUACAUUCGUGCUGGGCGCCGCCAGCCAGGCGGUCCAGAGCCGAGGCCGCUUCGCCGUGGCCGUGUCGGGCGGCGGGUUGGUGCCGCUGUUGGCGGCUGAGUUACCCGCCGCCCUGGAGCGCGAGGCGCGGGCGCCCGGAGCCGACAGUCAGCGCUGGAUCCUCGGCUUCUGCGACGAGCGCCUCGUCCCCUUCGACGACCCGCAGAGCACAUGCGGCCUGUACCGGAAGCAACUGUUCUCCAAGAUCUCCAUUCCCAAUAAUCAAGUGGUUGCAAUUAACCCCUCGCUGCCUGUGGAUGAAGCUGCAGACAAGUAUGCGGAGAAAUUGAGAGAGCUGUUUCCAGGUGAGAACAUACCAGUCUUUGACUUGCUGCUCCUGGGAAUCGGCCCUGAUGGGCACACAUGCUCCCUCUUCCCGGACCACCCCCUGCUACAGGAACAAAGCAAGAUAAUUGCUCCAAUUAGUGACUCUCCAAAGCCACCACCGAAACGCAUAACUAUGACCCUUCCCUUGCUGAAUGCUGCCCGCAGUGCCGUCUUUGUUGUGACAGGCGAGAGUAAGGCAUCAAUAUUAAAGGAUAUUCUGGAAGGCCACCAGAAAAACCCACUACCUGCUGCUCGGAUCAAGCUGGCCAAGGGCGAGGUGCACUGGUUUAUUGAUGAAGCUGCCGCAAGCAAGCUGACUAUGAAGGUGGAGCGGGUGCAUAAAUAAACACCGCCCUCCCUCCUCAUGCAAGGACUUGACUGAAUAUAUAAAGACUUAUCGGGCUAAUUUUUAUUUUAUUAAUCCCAGGCAAUCUGCCAAAGUAUAGUGACUUUCUUGAAUCAUAGACACAAGGAACAGCAGAUGCUGGUUUACAUUGAAAAAACAAAAAAAAACACACUCAAAAAGUGCCUGAGUAAUUCAGUGGGUCAUCCAGCAUCUCUGGAGAAGAGAUGGAUCUGAAGAAGGGUCCUGACCUAAAACGUUGCCUAUCCAUAUUCUGCAGAGAUGUUGCCUGGCCCGCUGAGUUACUUUGUGGUUUCUUUGAAUCGUAGAUUGGUUUGAUUUGUUAUCUACAGGCUUGGUAUCUGAGAGGGUGCUCUGUAAAAGGCAGGAAACAGCCAAAGUACUCUGAGAUAACAGUAGGCGAAUAAUGCAUUGGCAUGGUCAUUACAUUACUAAACCAACAAAUUGAUAGCAUUUACGUGUGAGGAAAUAUUUAAUAAACUUGACUUUUUUUGUUUUGUAAAUGGUUCAGCACUGGAAUUUUAAACUUUUUUCUCUUUUUAUUUCAAGUGUUGGUAUUUGGGUUGUUUGGUGGUUAGUAAUGCACGAGUGUUAACUUUCUCACCUCCAGCACAUUAUUUAGUAGUUCAAGGUUUCUACUUUGCAUUCCACUCUGGGCCCAAAGAGACUGUCAUUCUGCAUUAACUACUGCCUGCCAGUAAUGAGGUAGGAUUUGUAUCUAAAUCACAUCGAUCAUUGAGGGUGUUUGUUUUGCCAAUGUUUUGGGGAGUGCGAAUGGUGGAUUUAAAAAUGGAUAAUAUUAGGAAAUGCUCGGAUGGUCAGGUAACACAUGUGGCCCACCUUUAAGGGGGGACAGUGCCUUACAGCGCCAGAGACCCCAGUUCAAUCAUGACAAUGAAUGCUGUCUGUACGGAGUUUGUACGUUCUCCCGAGUGUGGCGGGAGAUAAAGGCUCAAAGUCUCCUCCCUCCACAGACUCAGCUUGACUACUGUGUAUUAAUAGAUUUGUUUUGGCAUAUCCAGUUCCUGCGGCAUUUUGCUUUUUGUGAUCUAAAAUUAUUGAACAAUGGACCAAGAACUUGUGUUAGUUUCAGUGUAAUUUAAGCUGUUAUGAAUUUUACACACAAUCUUUGUAACUGUGCAUUAAACUAAUUGAUGAUGACUGCUAAA